CUUGGUCACUAUUGGACAACUUUGAGUGGGCUGAAGGCUAUACCAAGCGCUUUGGUAUAGUUUUCGUGGAUUACAAGAAUGGUCUCACCCGGCAUCCGAAAUCUUCUGCAUAUUGGUUCUCAAAGUUCUUGAAAGGCGAUGAGAAUAAAACUGGCAAAGAAAACUAGAUCCCUAUGGAAGUGGAUCCUCUUCCUCCCUCUUACUCAAGCCUAGGUUUUCAUAUAUGAUGCAGCAUGGUAGUCCUGUAGUUGGAGAUGAUGCAUUAGGUGAGUUUGUGCAUCACGUAUAGAUUCCACAGGGAUGCCACUCUCUCUAUGUAGCACCUAUUAUGUUUUGUGGUCCAAAUUAAGUAUUUGAGGGCACUUUGGAUUGCUUUCUAUAACAAUCUCAUUAAUGCUCUUCUUGAAAAGGGUAUUCAACCCUUUGUAACUUUAUACCACUGGGAUCUUCCUUUGCAUCUUUAUGAAUCAAUGGGAGGGUGGUUAAAUAAGGAAAUUGUGAAAUACUUUGGAAUCUAUGCCAAUACUUGCUUUGCAAAUUUUGGUGAUAGAGUAAAAAAUUGGAUCACAAUCAAUGAACCUAAGGAAACUGCGAUAAAUGGGUAUGAUACUGGGAUACAUGCUCCUGGAAGACGUGAAGGUUCAGCAACAGAACCAUAUUUGGCAGCACACCAUCAGAUUUUGGCUCAUGCAAAAGCUGUUUCAAUAUACAAGAGCAAGUACAAGGAAAAGCAAGGGGGACAGAUAGGAUUGGUGGUGGAUUGUGAAUGGGCAGAGGCUAAUUCUGACAAAAGUGAAGAUAAACUUGCUGCAGCAAGGCGCCUUGAUUUUCAGCUGGGAUGGUACUUACAUCCUCUCUAUUAUGGAGACUACCCUCAAGUUAUGCGUGAAAAACUUGGAAACCGACUUCCCAAGUUCUCAGAAGAAGACAAAGAGUUGCUUAGGAGCACUAUGGACUUUGUUGGCCUGAAUCAUUAUACAUCAAGGUUUAUUGCUCAUGCAACAGAUGGUCCUGAAGACGGAUUUUUCUAUAAAGAUCAAGAGAUUGAAAGAAUUGCUCAAUGGGAAGGGGGUGAGAUGAUUGGCGAGAAGGCAGCUUCGGAGUGGCUCUAUGUUGUGCCCUGGGGCAUACGGAAGGUAAUUGUGUUUAUCAUUUGCAUGGACAGGGAUGGAGUAGAUGUCAGGGGUUACUUUGCUUGGUCGCUAUUGGACAACUUUGAGUGGGCUCAAGGCUAUACCAAGCGCUUUGGUAUAGUUUUCGUGGAUUACAAGAAUGGUCUCACCCGGCAUCCAAAAUCCUCUGCAUAUUGGUUCUCAAAGUUCUUGAAAGGCGAUGAGAAUAAAACUGGCAAAGAAAACUAGAUCCUUAUAGAAGUGGAUCCUCUUCCUCCCUCUUACUCAAGCCUGGGUUUUCAUAUAUGAUACAGCUUGGAAAUACUGUAGUUGGAGAUGACGCAUUAGGUGAAUUUGUGGUUCACGUAGAUUCCACUGGGAUGCCACUCUCUCUAUGUAGCACCUAUUAUGUUGUGUGGUCCAAAUUAAGCAUUUGAGGACACUUUGUAAUAUAUCAAUAAUAUGAGGACCCUCGUACCAGAAGAAUAUCUUAUUAUUUAAAUAGUUAUAUUGUUGUGGAUGUUUGUGGAUCAUGUAGAUUGUAGCAUACCAAAACUUCC